AUGGAGGUGUACAUUCAAAUGAUAGGCUGGCAUAGACUGGCAAUACCAUCGAGUUUGCGUUUAUUCGUGAAUGGAGACUUUACACUUUUUAAUUGUGGAGAGAACAAUCAACGAUUUUUGAAUGAACAUAAAUUGCACCUAGUAAAAAUAAAUAAUAUAUGUUUUACAAAAAUUAAUCCAGAAACUAUUGGAGGUUUAAUAGGUUUACUUUUAACUAUAGAUAAUAUAUCCGAUAAUAUUAUUACUAUUUACGGUCCCAAGCCUAUAGAAUGUAUUAUUAAUAGUUUUACAUGCUCUUUUGCAAAACUGAAAAAUAUAAAAUUAAUAAUCCACGAAAUUUCAGAUAAUACAUUACCAAUUGUUUUAAAGGGUAAUGUAAUAAUUACCCCAAUUGUACUUAAUGAAAAAAAUGUAAACUCUUUAGAGGAAAACGAAUCAUAUAUAAGUAAUAGUAGAAGUCCUACUAAUACAGAUAAAAGGAAAAAACAUAUUGAACCAGAUGAUACAUGUUAUGAAAGAAGAAAUAAUUUAUGUGGUACUGAAAAAAGAAAGAAUCCUUCAGAUGGAAGCUAUUUCAGUUAUUGUAAAAAGAGGAUGCUAGAGGUAAGUUGUAAAGAUAUACAUAAAAGUGGAAAUGAACACAGUGAAACAAAUAUAAAUGAAUGCGGGGGAUCAGCUAGAAAUGAUUGCACGGUAUCGAAUGGAAAUGACUGCAGUGGAAUAAAUGAAAAUGAAUGUAAUGGAACAAGUCAAAAUGAAUGCAUUGGAACAAGUCAAAAUGAAUGCAUUGGAACAAGUCAAAAAGAAUGCAUUGGAACAAGUCAAAAUGAAUGCAUUGGAACAAGUCAAAAUAAACGUGGAGAGGGUACAUAUGGAAGUAUCCACGAUAACAAGAGUAUAAAUAAUAAUGAUUAUAAUAUCAAAACAUUCACAUGUGAUAGGGAAAAUAAUAAAAAAUGGAACAGCAUUUGUUAUUUAAUUGAAUGCCCCCCGACGAUUGGCAAAUUUCAUGUUGAAAAAGCUAGGAGCCUAAAUAUCCCAUCAGGAAAAUAUUAUGGUAUACUAAAAUCAGGAAAAUCCAUUACACUAAAUAAUAAAAUAAUAAAACCUGAAGAUGUAUGCGAUGAAAAUAUUGAUGGAAGAAAAUCAUUAGUACUUGAUUUACAUAAUAUUAAGGAUAUAAAUUAUUUAAUCAAAGAAAUUGAAAAUAAGGAAAGUUUUUAUUUAAAGAAUUUAGAAUAUAUCUUUCAUUUAUCUAGUGAUGAAAUUAUCAACACUAAGAGGUAUAAAAAAUUUUUUUUAGGUUUGAAAAAUGUAAAAAAUAUUAAAUGUAAUCAAUCCAAUAGUUCAUUAAAUGUAUGCCCCUUUGUUUCUACCUCCUCAUUAAAUAACUUUCUUUCGAAGUUGUUACCAAACAUAUUUUUAAAGUACAAACCGGAUACCCCUAUAUAUGACUUAUCCUAUUUAAUACCAAAUGAUGCAGAUAAACAGGAUAGGCAAGAGGAGGAUAAACAACAGAAUAAUUCUUAUAUAAUUGAUAAAAAUAAAAUAGAGAAUUCAAAUAUUCCCCCAAAUGAACAUAAUAAUAUGCAGAAUAAUACUAUCUUAAAAGAUAACGAAAAGGUGAAGGAUAGAUAUGAAAAUGAGAGCGACGUAAUAAAUGAAGAAGAUGGGGAAGAAAAUGAUGCUUAUCUUUUAUAUAAACCACUAACAAAAUUUGUCUUACAUCCUUUUCAUAAAAUUAAUGUAUGCACAAAUGAAACACUAUCAGAUUUAUAUCCAAAUAUUUUUAACCUUUCAAAAAUAUCAAAUAUCUUAAAAGAAAACCAAGAUUUAGUAGAAACGAUUGAACAUUUUAAUAAAACGGAAACUCAUAAUUUUUUAUCAUUUCCCUCUUUCUAUUUUCUUGGAACUGGUUGUUCAAUACCGUCAACUUUUCGUAAUGUAUCUGGUAUCAUUUUGCAUAUUCAAGAAAAUUUUAGUGUUAUUUUGGAUUUUGGAGAAGGAUCCUUAUACCAGCUAUACUGGAUGAGUAAAUCCUGGCUCCAUUUUUCCGCAAUUAUAAAAUCGAUAAAAACGAUUUUUAUCUCUCAUGCCCAUGCGGACCAUCACGCCGGUCUUUAUUAUUUUUUGUAUAUAAGAAAAAUUCUCUUUCCACAUUUGAAACAUCCACUAAUAUUACUCCCAUUAACCUUAAAAAAAUGGAUGAAUUUAUUUAAUCAGUUAUUUUUUGAUAAGCUAAUAAAUGUUGUAUAUAAUGAAGAAAAUUUAGAAAUAAAACAAAGAAUUAAUGAUGAAGACAAUUUUUUAAGCCUCCACCUUUUUAAGGUUAACCAUAUUAAGGAAUCUUAUGGUAUAAAAAUAAAAAGCAAGCAUAUAGGAUCAGUUGUUUAUUCAGCUGAUACAAGACCUUGUGAUAAUGUCAAAAAAUAUUCGAAAGACUGUGAUAUUUUAAUACAUGAAGCCACAUUUGAUGACGAAUUAUUAAGCGAAGCUAUUCACAAAAAGCAUUCUACCACACAUGAGGCCAUGCAAAUUAGUCAAGAGGCUAAAUGUAAAACUUUAAUAUUAACGCAUUUUAGUCAAAGAUAUCCAAAGGCACCCAAAUUAAAUAAAUCAUCCACAGAAAUUAAUGAAAUUAUGAACAAAACAAUUUGUAGCUUCGACUAUAUGUGUAUUCCUUUAAAUUUAAUAAAUGAAUUGCCUCAAUAUUUCAAUAUUUUACUAAAUUUAUUAGAAAAAAUAUUUUAA